GUCAACCGUAACAGGUUCCGACUAUAUAAAUAACGAAUUCCCGUGAAGCUGUCAGGUACCCUGUCCAAAGAACCAGAUCACGGUCCCUCUCCGCAAUUAGCUUCAGUUUUCGGAUAGAAAGCACGUUGCCAACAUGUCCGUCACAUUUGAGCCCAUGCCAUCCCUCGACCUCGUGAAACCUACCCGGGUCAAAGUUCAAAUUCCCCUUGAUCUCCUGGCGCAUUUUGACCCAAUCGUCGACCUGAGCGGGAAAAAGGUCCAUCAUCUCGCACGCGAGACGGAGUCGGUGGCCCGAGUGAUCGCCGAAAAGCUGAGCAUGACGCUCUUCGGGUCGACCAAGUCAUUACCAGAUCCCUUCAUUCAUUGGCUCAAAAGUUAUCAGGAUGGCCCUGCCGAGUCCGUCUGCUUUACUUUAAGUCACGAGAUUGCCCAUGAUGGCCUCAACCCUGUCUACCUGAUUGUCAGAGCCAAGCUGGCGGAGAACAAGGUGGUGUUUGGGGUUGAGCAGGUUGAGGGCGAGCUGCGGCAGACGCUGAAUUACCGGCAUGAAGUGGAAGAGGCGAAUCUGCGGAGGUCUAUGAUGCAGCAGCCCGAGGGGGAGGAGGUGGCUGAGGCGGUUGACUAAGGACCUGUCUGUUGCUGGCAUCGCGCUCUUAGGUUUUGCAGCG